AUGGCUGCGACAAGACCUAGAACUUUAGACCAAGUUACAGAUGCAGCCAAUGCUGCAGGACUAAAGAAAACAAGUGGUGUCAUUCAGGUGCUAAAAUUCUCAGACAAUCUUAUGAGCGAAAAUUAUAAACUGUUAGAGUUACCUUCUGGAGUAUUGGAUAGCUUUGAGAAUGGUGAACGGAUUGUUAUCCGUGGUGAUGUACAGGAUGAUGCUGUGCUGUGUACAGAGAAUGACACAUUUGAUCUGAAGCUUGCUGACAUGUCCAAUACAAUGCUACUGACUUCAAACACACUCUUACCUACAAUGACAGAAUUUGAUUCCUCAGAAGUCCUAAAAGAAAGUGAGAUAUGUGGAUGUGUAUCAAUGUAUUAUGAAUUAAGACACUGUCAGGCAAAACUACAGGGAUUGAAGAAGCUGUUAGAAGAGACGUCCUACAGGGGAGAGACAUUUGAAAAACAAGUGAAAGAUGGAUUAUUUGUUAGAUAUACGCUUGAGGAUUUACGCGAGAGAGUCCAGGCCAGUGAAAAUGAGCUAAGAAACGGAUUAAGGGAGAUGGAAGCACUUGAAAUAAAUGGCUACUGGCGGAUAUUGGAGACAGAAUAUCGUGAAAAAGUCGUGGUCGCCAUCCUUAAUUUACUGGAUGAAAACUCCUGGAGUUAUGAUCGCGUACCUAUGAAAGAAACAUGCGACGUUUUGGAAGAACUGGAACCAAGAUUUGUAAUUUCCCAUUGCCUGAAGUGCUAUGGAGAGGUUGUCUCAAUGAAAACAGAAGAAGGUAACGAGGAAACUUACUAUAAACUAUCAGAAGCCAAAGUUUGUACAUUUUAUGCGGAGUUUCUUUUACGACCAGCAGGAAGGUUCAACUAUUAUGAGUUUAUGGAAGCCUGGAAACAGACGGUCCCUGAGGGAAUGCACGUGGACGACACUCAUCUUCAGGGUAUUGCUCUAAGCGAUAUGGCGUCAUCACCAGCUGUCAUAUGGCAUUUUCCAAAGGAUAAUCUUCCCUCUGAUCCGGCAAUGAGAUUUAAUAAGCUGUUCAAGACCAGAGAAAAAUGGACGUUAGAUGACAUCCAGCCAUACUUAGCAGAUUUGGAAUCGCCUGGUCAGUCAUUGAAAGCUUUAUUACUGAAAUAUGCCCGCUGUUCAACAGACGCGACUGGAAAUAAAGUUUACAACUCAAAGCGACCACUGAACUGAAUGGUUAGAUAACGCAAAAGUAAAAAAUACAAAAUCGGAAGGAAGAUCCGAAGAUAAUCCCACGAUUCCAUGUGGAACUAACGUGAAUGUUGGUAGAAAAAAAAACAAGUGGACAGUAAUACUAAAACCUUCGGCUUCACUCGAUUGGCAAAGAAAUAUGUUUAUUAUACAUGUACAUACUGAUAUAGCAACUAGUUCGCAGGGAUAAGGUUGAGAAUAUUGAAGAAAUAUGAAGGCAGGGACUGGGUUGAGUAUUGAAUGGGAUUACGACGUAGCAGGAAGAGAUAUUGACGUCAUUAUCUGUGACAUUACCAUCAGAUAUAACCACUGGAUAUAACGGAUUUAUUCAACAGUGUUAUAACCACUGGAUAUAACGGAUUUAUUCAACAGUGUUAUAACCACUGGAUAUAACGGAUUUAUUCAACAGCGUUAUAACCACUGGAUAUAACGGAUUUAUUCAACGGCGUUAUAACCACUGGAUAUAACGGAUUUAUUCAACGGCGUUAUAACCACUGGAUAUAACGGAUUUAUUCAACGGCGUUAUAACCACUGGAUAUAACGGAUUUAUUCAACGGCGUUAUAACCACUGGAUAUAACGGAUUUAUUCAACGGCGUUAUAACCACUGGAUAUAACGGAUUUAUUCAACAGCGUUAUAACCACUGGAUAUAACGGAUUUAUUCAACGGCGUUAUAACCACUGGAUAUAACGGAUUUAUUCAACAGUGUUAUAACCACUGGAUAUAACGGAUUUAUUCAACAGUGUUAUGACCACUGGAUAUAACGGAUUUAUUCAACAGUGUUAUAACCACUGGAUAUAACGGAUUUAUUCAACGGCGUUAUAACCACUGGAUAUAACGGAUUUAUUCAACAGUGUUAUAACCACUGGAUAUAACGGAUUUAUUCAACGGCGUUAUAACCACUGGAUAUAACGGAUUUAUUCAACGGCGUUAUAACCACUGGAUAUAACGGAUUUAUUCAACAGCGUUAUAACCACUGGAUAUAACGGAUUUAUUCAACGGCGUUAUAACCACUGGAUAUAACGGAUUUAUUCAACAGCGUUAUAACCACUGGAUAUAACGGAUUUAUUCAACAGUGUUAUAACCACUGGAUAUAACGGAUUUAUUCAACGGCGUU